AUGCCUGAAGUGCGAAGGGGCAGCCUUGCGCCCCCGUCCGACUCGGCGCUGUCAUCAGACGCUGUUAUUGCUCGUCCGGCGCAAUCUCAUCAAUCUUCUACCGAUCGCGUGCGAUUCAACAUCCCUGAAGAUGAGGGAGCAACAUCACCAUCGCAACCGGGAGAGCCUCUCGAAUCAGCCUUUGCAGAGCUCCCGCGUCGAACAUCUGAUGGCCCUAGAAGGAACUCAGAACUCCCCAGGCAGAGUUCGGAUCAGCGACGGAGUCUGUCCUAUGCCCAACGCCCUCAAGCCGAAGCAUACUACGAUUCUCGAGCAGCGACCCAGCAAGAAUACCGACGACGAGCUACCACUCUUCUAGAAUAUUACGAUGAGAACCCUCAGCUAUUGCCGCAGCUUCCGUUUACUUGGCACCACGGUUGGAAGCGCUGGAGGCUCUUCAUCUUUGCCUUCCUCGUUUUCGUUGACGCGUCCGCCGUCCCAAUUGCUCUCUACUACGGUCUGAAAUACGCGGGCGAUGUGGAAGGCUGGAUCAUCUUCGCUGUCGUGACAACAAUCUGGGGUGGUCCCACGUAUCUCGAAUUCGCUAUCCGCACGCUCCGAUUGAUCAAGGUGGAUAGGUUCUACCGGCCUCUAGGAACGAAUCACCGGUGGUGUUUCGAUAUGCUGACGUACUCGUCCACCCUUACUAUCUUUGUCGUUACUGCUCUGUUCAUUAUUGGCAGUGCUCCUCAUAAUGUUUGGCUAAGGGUUCUUUGCAUGCCUGCCCCGGCAAUUCUAUACUGCUAUGGCGGUACUCUUUUCCUCAUCACUCUUUUUCACCAGAUGAACUGGCCCGCCCCCUUCCGGAUCAGUUCAACUGCCAAGGGAGAAAAGGUUCUUCCAGGCGCCUACUACUUUAUUGAGGAUGUUAUCGCGGUUAAUGCCCUCGGUGGCCGACCCUACCGCGAGGCUUUAGCGGCUCGCUACAAGGCCAGCCCUCGCUUCCGGCAGAUGGUGUACAAGCAAUCCUGGUUCUGGUCCAUCCCCGCGCUGAUCCUCGCCGUUCCCCUAACCGUCAUAUCCGUCAUUCCACAAGUUCCGGCUACCGGUGCCUACGGUGUUGCAUGGGCUGUUCCCUUCCUGUGGACAGCUCUCUGGGGUGUUAUCACCAUCAAAUGGUGCAAGAAAGACAUGAAGCGUGAGAGGGAAGAGUGGGAACGCGGUGUUGACCCCGAGAAGGAAAUCAAGAGAAAGGGAUCGUCGUCUAUCGAGACGGCAUAA